GGUGCAAACGCCCCGGACGCCCGCCUCCGCUGGAACUGCGCAGGAGGGAACCCGCGGCCUGUGACCUUGUCACCCAGGCCGGCGCGCGGCCACGUGACCGGCAGGGCCCCGCCUCUUCUGCGGUCACUCUCCAGCUCGGCUCACUAGUGGGCAGAAGUGUGGACUGGCUACUUCGAUGGUGCAGUCUCGCAUGUAGGCAGGGCUGGAGCUGGAGGAGGAGGCAUCGGGUGGCUCACCCAGGCGACCUCUGCCUAGGCGGUGUGUGGACUCCGAGUCGCGGGCGGCGGGGGGCUGGGCGUGAUCUCUGGACUAGAGCGUGGGGUGCCGCCCAAAUCUCUGCCUUCCGUCUAGUAGCUUGGCGUGCCCCGGAGCGCCCCUAAUCUCCCACACUUUGCGGGGCCCUGCGCUUCCAGUUCUCCUGGAACUGGAACGUGCUGAUGACAGCUGUGCAUGGAGAGCAGCCUCUGGAAGACACCUAGCACAGCUCUCUCCCCAGGGUCUGGGGACAUGGCCCGAAGGGCUCUCAAGCUUGCUUCGUGGACCGGCAUGGCUCUUGCUGCCUCUGGCUUCUUCCUCUACAGCAACAAGUACUUGGAUCCUAAUGACUUUGGUGCUGUCAGGGUGGGCAGAGCAGUUGCAACGACAGCUGUCAUCAGUUAUGACUAUCUCACCUCUUUGAGGAGUGUCCCCUAUGGUUCAGAGGAGUACUUGCAGCUUCUAUCCAAGGUGCACCUCCGAUCUGCCAGGCGUCUCUGUGAGCUCUGCUGUGCCAACCGGGGCACUUUCAUCAAGGUGGGCCAGCACCUGGGCGCUCUGGACUACCUGCUGCCUGAGGAGUAUACCAGCACGCUGAAGGUGCUGCACAGCCAGGCUCCACAGAGCAGCAUGCAAGAGGUCCGCCGGGUCAUCCGUGAGGACCUGGGCAAAGAGAUCCAUGAUUUGUUCAUGAGCUUUGAUGACACCCCCCUGGGGGCCGCCUCCCUGGCCCAGGUCCACAAGGCAGUGCUGCAUGAUGGGCGGACGGUGGCUGUGAAGGUCCAGCAUCCAAAGGUACAGGCUCAGAGCUCGAAGGACAUUCUCCUGAUGGAGGUGCUCGUCCUGGCUGUGAAGCAGCUGUUUCCAGAGUUUGAAUUCAUGUGGCUGGUGGACGAGGCCAAGAAGAACCUGCCUUUGGAGCUGGAUUUCCUCAACGAAGGGAGGAAUGCUGAGAGAGUGGCCCAAAUGCUCAAGCACAUUGACUUCUUAAAGGUCCCCCGCAUUUACUGGGAGCUGUCCACCAAGCGGGUCCUUCUGAUGGAGUUUGUGGAUGGCGGCCAGGUCAAUGACAGAGACUACAUGGAGAAGAACAAGAUUGAUGUCAACGAGAUUUCACGCCACCUGGGAAAAAUAUACAGCGAGAUGAUCUUUGUCAAUGGUUUUGUGCACUGCGACCCCCACCCUGGCAACGUGCUGGUGCGGAAGCACCCGGGCACAGGAAGGGCAGAGAUUGUCCUGUUGGACCACGGGCUCUACCAGGUGCUCACGGAGGAGUUUCGGCUGGAUUACUGCCACCUCUGGCAGUCGCUGAUUUGGACUGACAUGGAGAGAGUGAAGAAGUACAGCCAGCGCCUGGGAGCCGGGGACCUCUACCCCCUGUUUGCCUGUAUGCUGACAGCCCGGUCUUGGGACUCGGUCAACAGGGGCAUCAGCCAAGCUCCGGUCACCGCCACUGAGGACUCGGAGAUCCGCAACAAUGCCGCCAACUACCUCCCCGAGAUCAGCCAGCUCCUCAACCAUGUGCCUCGCCAGAUGCUGCUCAUCUUCAAGACCAAUGACUUGCUCCGUGGGAUUGAGGCUGCCCUGGGCACCCGUGCCAGUGCCAGCUCCUUCCUCAACAUGUCGCGUUGCUGCAUCAGAGCGCUGGCCACGCACAAGAAGAAGAGUACCUGUUCGUCCUUCAGAAGGGCCCAGAUCUCUUUCAGCGAGGCCUUCAACUUAUGGCAGAUCAACCUUCAUGAACUCAUUCUGCGUGUGAAGGGGUUGAAGCUGGCCAGCUGGAUCUUGGCCUUUCUUUGCUGGCUGUUGCCCACUCCAUACUGAGUGGACUUGCUGUCCCCUUUCCCUUUCCAGUGUGAUUCUGUGGUGGGCAAGUUGACUUUUCACUCCACUCCUCUGUCAUGUCUCCACCCAGGUGCCCUAUUUCUGUCACAUGGUGGCCUGGGGCCCCAUGAUCAUUGUCCAUGGCACCACUAUACUUCACACCUCUGGAAUCCCUCCCCUAUGCUGUAGCCCUCGUCUCUGGGCCUGCAAGCUGUCCCCUGCAGUAGGCUUCUCCCCUGACCCAGGGAGAUGGCCCACCACUCUAGGUGGGUGCCAUGGGGCUGGAUGUCACCCUACUUCCGGUAACAACUCCUGUUGUCAGGAUGGACCAUGAAUCCCACUGACUUCCUACAUGAAUUCCUACAUUUAACUUGUGGGCGCUUUGAUUUUGUUGGAAGAGAGCAUUGUUUCUGAUCUUGCUGGGAACAGAUUCCCUCUCCUUGUCCUGUCACUCCCCAGAGGUGUUGCACCUGAGCAAGGUGGCUCGGCAUCCGGGGCAUGAGUUCACUGCUGUCACGGUGACCCCUUUGGUGUUUUACGUACUGUGUUUCAAUAAAACUUGAGGGUUGCAGGGAAGGGCUUUGUUGAUGGGAUUUUUAUUCUAGGUUGGGGGUGAGUCCACAUUGGCCGUUAGGUAAGAGUGGACCUGGGUGCCUUGUGCCACUGUGUUCUGCUUGGCAUCUUGCCCCUGUCAUCCUUCCAGCCUUUCCCUGUGUGGCCGCUUCCUGCCGCAUGUAGGCUUUUCUUACUUUCCAAGACUCUGAUGCUUUGGUCAGAGGAGUUGAGAAGCCCAAGGCCAAGAACUCAGAGGCUCAUCUGAACUUCUGCCUUUGGUUCCUCUGGGUUCUCCACCUGCUUUAUUCUACUCAUUGCAUCCUGACUUAGCCCUUCGGCUCCUCAUUUGACGCCCUCAGUCCUGGAGACUGUAGUGUAAGCCUCAGUCACUGUGGCUAGGAUUCCACUCUGGAGCCUCCUUGUCUCCUGUCUGGACUCCAUGCUUCCAUCUGUUGCCCACGGCCAGGGCUGCCCCACCCCCACUCAGUCAUCUGCUCCUGUUUCUGGGUCAUCCCCAUAGUUCUGCUCUAACUCCAGGUCCCUGAGAGACUCCACAUUUGGCAGGUCCUACUAUUACCGAGCACCUGUGCUCACUGGCAGUAAUUGUGUUUGAGUGUCUCUGAUCUUACUUCAUCCCAUUCACAGGGGCAGAAAGCCCCUGAAUCCAACUCUCAUCUUCUCUUUGUUCAUAAUACAACAAGCAGGUUUUCCGCUGACCAGAGAUGAUUUUCAAUCCCUUUAUUUCCUGAAAGAAUUAAUUGUUCUUAGUGACCAGUUGGAUGCACCCGGGGACCUGGGAGAAUAAUUUACAAGAUCUGUUAUUAAUCAUGAGGAUGCAUGCUGCAUAUUAUAUUUUAUGGUGUCUUUUAUAGCCACUGAAGUAAAUAUAUAAUGUCCUUUUUGUUCAAGGUAA